ACAGCAACAAUAGCACAAUGCAGAAGCAGAUCCUCCACAGUGUCGUGGUUGCAAGCCUGGGGGCCCUGUUCGUCACAAUCGUCUUGGCUAAUUCCGAAAGAAUUGUUGAAAACCAAGUGAUCAAAAGACUAGAUAUAAAACCUAUGAAACAGACACGUGUUGAUGCUAAACGCAUAGAUGUGAACUAUGAACGUAAAAUAAAAACAGAGCCAAAGAGAGAAUCGGUUGAACGUGACACCAGACGUGAUGCAAGGAGAGAAUCGGUUGAACGUGGCACAAGACGUGAUGCAAGGAGAGAAUCGGUUGAACGUGACACCAGACGUGAUGCAAGGAGAGAAUCAGUUGAACGUGACACCAGACGUGAUGCAAGGAGAGAAUCAGUCGAACGUGACAGUAGACUCGAUGCAAGGAGAGAAUCAGUUGAACGUGAAUCCAGACGUGAUGCAAGGAGAGAAUCAGUUGAACGUGACACCAGACGUGAUGCAAGGAAAGAGUCAGUUGAACGUGACACAAGGCGUGAUUUAAGGAGAGAAUCAGUUGAACGUGACACUAGACGUGAUUUAAGGAGAGAAUCAGUUGAACGUGACACUAGACGUGAUUUAAGGAGAGAAUCAGUUGAACGUGACACAAGACGUGAUGCAAGGAGAGAAUCAGUUGAACGUGACACCAGACGUGAUACAAGGAGAGAAUCAAUUGAACGUGACACAAGACGUGAUGCAAGGAGAGAAUCAGUUGAACGUGACACCAGACGUGAUGCAAGGAGAGAAUCAGUUGAACGUGACACCAGACGUGAUGCAAGGAGAGAAUCAGUUGAACGUGACACAAGACGUGAUGCAAGGAGAGAAUCAGUUGAACGUGACACCAGACGUGAUGCAAGGAGAGAAUCAGUUGAACGUGACACCAGACGUGAUACAAGGAGAGAAUCAAUUGAACGUGACACAAGACGUGAAACAAGGAGAGAAUCGGUUGAAAGUGACAACAGACGUGAUGCAAGGCGAGAAUCAGUUGAACGUGACACCAGACGUGAUGCAAGGAGAGAAUCAAUUGAAUGUGACACAAGACGUGAUGCAAGGAGAGAAUCAACUGAACGUGACACAAGACGUGAUGCAAGGAGAGAAUCAGCUGAACGUGACACCAGACGUGAUGCAAGGAGAGAAUCAAUUGAACGUGACACAAGACGUGAUGCAAGGAGAGAAUCAAUUGAACGUGACACCAGACGUGAUUCAAGGAGAGAAUCAGUUGAACGUGACACCAGACUUGAUGCAAGGAGAGAAUCGGUUGAAAGUGACAACAGACGUGAUGCAAGGAGAGAAUCAGUUGAACGUGACACCAGACGUGAUGCAAGGAGAGAAUCAAUUGAACGUGACACAAGACGUGAUGAAAGGAGAGAAUCAAUUGAACGUGACACAAGACGUGAUGCAAGGAGAGAAUCAAUUGAACGUGACACCAGACGUGAUUCAAGGAGAGAAUCAAUUGAACGUGACACAAGACGUGAUGCAAGGAGAGAAUCAAUUGAACGUGACACCAGACGUGAUUCAAGGAGAGAAUCAGUCGAACGUGACGCAAGACGUGAUGCAAGGAGAGAAUUGGUUGAACGUGACACCAGACGUGAUUUAAGGAGAGAAUCCAAUGAACGUGACACCAGAAGUGAUGCAAGGAAAGAAUCAGUUGAACGUGACACCAAACGUGAUGCAAGGAGAGAAUCAGUUCAACGUGACACUAGACGUGAUGCAAGAAGAGAAUCAGUUGAACGAGACACCAGACGUGAUGCAAGAAGAGAAUCAGUUGAACGUGACACCAGCCGUGAUGCAAGGAGAGAAUCAGUUGAACGUGACACCAGACGUGAUGCAAGGAGGGAAUCAGUUGAGCGUGACACCAGACGUAAUGCAAGAAGAGAAUCAGUUGAACGUGACACCAGACGUGAUGCAAGGAGAGAAUCAGUUGAACGUGACACUAGACGUGAUGCAAGGAAAGAAUCAGUCGAACGAGACACCAGACGUGAUGCAAGAAGAGAAUCAGUUGAACGUGACACCAGACGUCACGCAGGGAGAGAAUCAGUUGAACAUGACACCAGACGUGAUGCAAGGAGAGAAUCAGUUGAACGUGACACCAGACGUGACGCAAGGAGAGAAUCAGUUGAACGUGACACCAGACGUGAUGCAAGGAGAGAAUCAGUCGAACGAGACACCAGACGUGAUGCAAGAAGAGAAUCAGUUGAACGAGACACUAGACGUGAUGCAAGAAGAGAAUCAGUCGAACGAGACACCAGACAUGAUGCAAGAAGAGAAUCAGUUGUACGAGACACCAGACGUAAUGCAAGAAGAGAAUCAGUUGAACGUGACACCAGACGUGAUGCAAGGAGAGAAUCAGUUGAACGUGACACUAGACGUGAUGCAAGGAAAGAAUCAGUCGAACGAGACACCAGACGUGAUGCAAGAAGAGAAUCAGUUGAACGUGACACCAGACGUCACGCAGGGAGAGAAUCAGUUGAACAUGACACCAGACGUGAUGCAAGGAGAGAAUCAGUUGUACGAGACACUAGACGUGAUGCAAGAAGAGAAUCAGUUGAACGAGACACCAGACGUGAUGCAAGGAGAGAAUCAGUUGUACGAGACACUAGACGUGAUGCAAGAAGAGAAUCAGUUGAACGAGACACCAGACGUGAUGCAAGGAGAGAAUCAGUUGAACGUGACACCAGACGUGAUGCAAGGAGAGAAGCAGUGGAACGUGACACCAGACGUGAUGCAAGGAGAGAAUCAGUUGAACGUGACACAAGACGUGAUACAAGGAGAGAAUCAAUUGAACGUGACACCAGACGUGAUGCAAGGAGAGAAGCAGUGGAACGUGACACCAGACGUGAUGCAAGGAGAGAAUCAGUUGAACGUGACACAAGACGUGAUUCAAGGAGAGAAUCAAUUGAACGUGACACAAGACGCGAUGCAAGAAGAGAAUCAGUUGAACGAGACACCAGAUAUGAUGCAAGGAGAGAAGCAGUUGAACGUGAAACCAGACGUGAUGCAAGGAGAGAAUCAGUUGAACGGGAUACCCGACGUGAUGCAAGAAGAGAAUCAAUUGAACGUGACACUAGGCAUGAUGCAAGGAGAGAAAAACUUCGACGUGAUACCAGACAAAUACCAGUUGAUUAUGAGACUAGGCGAGAAACUAAACGCAUAAAUUCUGUGCCCAUUAUUGCUAAGCAGAGAUUUGCUGAGGACUUUUCCCAUGAGAUGAUGUCCAAAAUGGUAUGUGUAAAAAAUGUAUGCAAGUUGGGAGAAAAAGAAGUACCAUUCACUAUUCUUGGAUUCAGCUUCGGAGACCUCAGCAAGACAGCUUUACUUGGAAUAUCUGGUAUUCUAACAACACAAGUGAUCAAAAGUUAUUGAACGAACCUGAAAUUCAAUCCCUGGAAACAACCAACGAACAAUCCCUGGACAUGAUCAGUAUACAGCUUGUACAAUGCGGCUACUCGUAGUAAGAGGUCAAAAAGGUGCCCAUUAUGACAUCACGCAUGUGACCUUGACAUGCAGCUUAACCUUAGCUUGGUGACAUUUACUUGUGACCUUGAACUUGAGCUUGACCUUGACUCUUACUUUUAUAGUGUCGCGAUAACGCAAGAGGAGAAGUGGAAAAUGGUGUCGCGAAAAUCAAAGAGAGGUGAAGUGCCAAAGGUUUUAGACAAUUUAUUUUUCGAUAAUUCUGUAUAAUCUACCCCACCCCUUUC